GUGGGCUCGGUGCGCGGCGCUCUGCGCGGUCGAAGGGAGCGCCCGGCGGCAGCGGCGACCGCAGGAGCAGCAGCAGCAGCCCCCCGCGUGGCCGCCGCCUCCGCGCCGCCAGCCGCCGAGGCUGCAGCCUCCGAAGGGAGGCCAGGGGAACCGGCGCGCGGACUUUCCCGCGGACUUUCGGAGUGUUUGUGGAUUUACAUGCCAAGCCAUCAAGAUGAUGUCCAUGAACAGCAAGCAGCCUCACUUUGCCAUGCAUCCCACCCUCCCUGAGCACAAGUACCCAUCGCUGCACUCCAGCUCCGAGGCCAUCCGGCGGGCCUGCCUGCCCACGCCGCCGCUGCAGAGCAACCUCUUCGCCAGCCUCGACGAAACGCUGCUGGCGCGGGCCGAGGCGCUGGCGGCUGUGGACAUCGCCGUGUCCCAGGGCAAGAGCCACCCGUUCAAGCCGGACGCCACGUACCACACGAUGAACAGCGUGCCGUGCACGUCCACGUCCACCGUGCCGCUGGCGCACCACCACCACCACCACCACCACCACCAGGCGCUCGAGCCCGGAGACCUGCUGGACCACAUCUCCUCCCCGUCGCUGGCGCUCAUGGCCGGCGCGGGCGGCGCGGGCUCGGCGGGCGGCGGUGGCGGCGCCCACGACGGUCCGGGGGGCGGCGGUCCGGGGGGCGGCGGCGGCCCCGGCGGCGGCGGCCCCGGGGGCGGCGGCGGCGGCGGCCCGGGGGGCGGGGGCGGCGGCCCGGGCGGCGGGCUGUUGGGCGGCUCCGCACACCCGCACCCGCACAUGCACGGCCUGGGCCACCUGUCGCACCCGGCGGCGGCGGCCGCCAUGAACAUGCCGUCGGGGCUGCCGCACCCCGGGCUGGUGGCGGCGGCGGCGCACCACGGCGCUGCGGCGGCGGCGGCGGCGGCGGCGGCGGGGCAGGUGGCGGCGGCGUCGGCGGCCGCGGCCGUGGUGGGCGCGGCCGGCCUGGCGUCCAUCUGCGACUCGGACACGGACCCGCGCGAGCUCGAGGCGUUCGCGGAGCGCUUCAAGCAGCGGCGCAUCAAGCUGGGCGUGACGCAGGCCGACGUGGGCUCGGCGCUGGCCAACCUCAAGAUCCCGGGCGUGGGCUCGCUCAGCCAGAGCACCAUCUGCAGGUUCGAGUCGCUCACGCUCUCGCACAACAACAUGAUCGCGCUCAAGCCCAUCCUCCAGGCGUGGCUGGAGGAGGCCGAGGGCGCGCAGCGCGAGAAAAUGAACAAGCCCGAGCUCUUCAACGGAGGCGAGAAGAAGCGCAAGCGGACUUCCAUCGCCGCGCCCGAGAAGCGCUCCCUCGAGGCCUACUUCGCAGUGCAGCCGCGGCCCUCCUCGGAGAAGAUCGCCGCCAUCGCCGAGAAACUGGACCUCAAAAAGAACGUGGUGCGGGUGUGGUUUUGCAACCAGAGACAGAAGCAGAAGCGGAUGAAAUUCUCCGCCACUUACUGA